GAGGGGGGGCAAGUAGAGUGAGACAGAGGAGGCCGCCAAGGCCCACCGGACACACACCGCUGCCUAUGUACCAAAAUAUAUACACAGUGGCCGUAUAGAGAAAUAGCUAAACAUAACCAGUAUACCGCUCAUGCCCUGUAGGUGUGUACAUAUUUACACUGUCACACAGCAUUUGUAGGGUUUCUUUAUAUAAAGCAUAUAUACGUAUAUUAUAUAUUGCUGUGUCCCAGUAUUGCACAGGUAUAGUCAUAUUUAUACACAACUACCCUAAUUCUGUAGGUGUUUAUAUAUCUAUAUACAGGGUAUACUCCAAAUAGUCUAUAUGCUGUCUGUGAUUUGCUCCUAGUAAUAUAUCUUGUUUUAAUUGUACAGUGUUUGAGUAAAUGCUGUGUAAACAUCAGGUAUACCUAUAUUUAUAUUUGCUUUUCCAACUUAAAAUACAAAUUUCUUUAAUUCACUUAAAUAUUCAUACACUGUGUGCACAUCACACACCGUAGUGUGACAGGUGUUUGUAUACAUAUAUACUCGCUGUCAGACAAUUUUGCGGUGUUACAAACAGGGUGAGUUGAGAGAGGGGAUCACUCAACAGCUCCUGAUCAUCUCUAGCUCCUCAGGAGAAUGUCUGCGACCAGCGUGGAUCAGAGACCUAAAGGACAGGGAAACAAAGUUGCAUUGCAGAACGGUUCGAUGCAUCAAAAGGAUGCAGUAAAUGAUGACGACUUUGAGCCAUAUCUAGGUAGUCAGACAAAUCAGAGUAAUAGCUAUCCACCAAUGUCAGACCCAUACAUGCCUAAUUAUUAUGCUCCAUCCAUUGGAUUUCCUUAUUCACUUAGUGAGGCACCAUGGUCCACAGCUGGUGACCCACCAAUGCCAUAUUUGACAACCUAUGGACAGAUGAGCAAUGGGGAACACCACUUUAUACCUGAUGGAAUAUUUAGCCAACAUGGAGCAUUAGGGAACACAACACCCUUCCUUAGCCAGCAUGGGUUUAAUUUUUUUCCUGGUAAUGCAGACUUCUCUACGUGGGGGACAGGUGGAUCUCAGGGACAAUCAACGCAAAGUUCUGCAUAUAACAGUAGCUAUGGUUAUCCACAUAGUUCUCUAGGUAGAGCUAUAGCUGAUGGGCAAGCUGGAUUUGGCAGUGACACACUGAACAAGGUGUCAGGCAUUAACAGCAUUGAACAAGGAAUGACAGGACUUAAAAUUGGAGGGGAUGUGACAGCUGCUGUAACAAAAACUGUAGGCUCUGCUUUGGCUAGUGCAGGGAUGAACAGCAUUGCAGCAAAUAGUGUGCCCCCAGUUAGUAGUUCAGCACCUAAGCCAACCUCAUGGGCUGCCAUAGCUCGAAAGCCUGCAAAGCCUCAGCCGAAACUUAAACCUAAAGGCAAUCUUGGUAUUGUUAGUACUGCUAUUCCUCCUCCGCCUAUAAAACAUAAUAUCAAUAUUGGAACUUGGGAUGAUAAAGGGACAGUAGUAAAGACGACACCUACUCAACCAGUUCUGCCUCCUCAGUCUCUAAUUCAACAGCCUCAGCCAUUAAUUCAACCUCUACCAAUGGUGCAAAACCAACUGCCUCAACAGCAGCUUCAGCAACAACAAGGACCUCAGCAGCAGGCCCCACCACAUCAGGUACAGCAGCUUCAGAAUCGCUGGGUUGCUCCUAGAAACAGGGGAGUGGGCUUCAAUCAGAACAAUGUAUCGGGCAAUGAAAACUUUAAUUUAGGUAUUGUGUCUGUUAGUUCCUCACCAUCUGGUAUUGAGGUUCACCCAGUACUGGAAAAACUUAAGGCCAUAAACAACUACAAUCCCAAAGACUUUGAUUGGAAUUUAAAAAAUGGACGUGUGUUUAUAAUUAAAAGCUACUCUGAGGACGAUAUUCAUCGUUCUAUCAAGUAUUCUAUUUGGUGUAGUACUGAACAUGGUAAUAAACGUUUGGAUGCUGCUUACCGAUCUUUGAAUGGAAAAGGCCCACUUUAUUUACUCUUCAGUGUGAAUGGAAGUGGACAUUUUUGUGGUGUAGCUGAGAUGAAGUCUAUGGUGGACUAUAAUGCAUAUGCUGGAGUCUGGUCCCAGGACAAAUGGAAGGGAAAGUUUGAUGUAAAGUGGGUUUUUGUCAAAGACGUUCCCAACAACCAGCUGCGGCAUAUUCGUUUAGAAAAUAAUGAUAAUAAACCUGUUACCAACUCAAGGGACACUCAAGAGGUACCCCUAGAAAAAGCAAAGCAAGUUCUUAAAAUAAUUGCUACUUUCAAGCAUACAACUUCUAUCUUUGAUGACUUUGCACACUAUGAAAAGCGUCAAGAAGAGGAAGAAGCCAUGCGUAGAGAGAGAAAUCGAAGCAAACAAUAAUCAUGAAGAUAUUCUGCUAUUAUAACACUAAUGAUGCAGACUCUGAAAACGCCUACUUUGUUGAAGACAACAUAAUGCUUUUUAUUUCUACUUUAGGUGGCCGCUGAUCACGUUUAACACAAAUUGACUUUGUCCUAAUAAUGGUCUUCUUCGGUGCAUUGCCCUUUCUUUCAUCAAACACUUGAGAACUUUAACUUUGUCAAGCACUUUCUGUCCUGAAACGUUUAUCAUUAUCUGCUGUUUUAUAAUCAUGCAUCCUUACAAAGGCACAUGAAACUCAUUUGAAUGCAUCUUUGUUUUGCUUCUUCAACAUUAACACAUGCUACAAAAUUAGUUAAUGUCAAUGUGAGAUUCCGUCACAUUUUAUUAAAUUGCCAUUACUAUAUCUGGAAUUAAAAAUGAAUUAUGCUCUAUUUAAUUCCUCAGUAGGUGAAUUACAGUACCUGCGUUACUAUGGUAAACUAUCUUUUAAACCACAUCUUAGCAAAUUUAUUUGACACCGUCAUAGCUUUAUUGGGGUGUCUGUUUUCAACACUGUGUAGUGCCUGAGAAUAUUGAAAUACAGCUUUGUUCCCCUCUGCACUUUUAAGUCUUUAGUAGUUUUUCAUUUCUCCCAAAAGACCAAAUUAUGUCACUGCUGAUGAUUUCUUUCAGUUGCAAAGGUCAAACAAGGGUUUGUUUGGUAUCACAAAUCUUUGUGUAACUGUACCUCAGUUCUAGUAGCUUCUUUUUUUAUUAUGAAUUUCUAAUGAUACUUAAUUCAUAUUUUUGCUAUAUUUUGAAAAGUAUGGCCAAGUGCUGUCCUGAUAAUGGAAAGUUACAUCUAUAUCUAAUAAAAUUAGCUUAAAGGGACAGUCAAAAUUUAACUUUCAUGAUUCAGAUAGAGCAUGCAAUAUUAAACUUUCCAAUUUACUUCUGUUAUCAAUUCUUUCUCUUGGUAUCUUUUAUUGAAGAGUAAAACUAGAUAGGCUCAUAUGAGCUCAGGAGUGGUGCAUGUGUCUUUAGUACUCUUUGAGCUCAAUUUAUCAAACCUUGCCGUACACAUUUGUUCCUUUGCUCUCACGUGCAACCCCGACCCUGGCUGCUCACAGCCAAUCGCACAGGCAGGAGUUGUCAAUCUCCCCAGUCGGACUAGAUUUGGGAUAUUGAAAUUCUCCACCUAAGAGGUGGAGAACAAGGUAGGAAAGCAGCGGUCAUUCUGACUGCAGGUUCUCUUGUGCGAACCUGCAGUCAAAGGAGGAGAAGGGUUUGGUAAAUUGAGCCCAAUGGCAGCAGUGUGUUGCAACAUUGUUUAACAAAGCUACAAAUAAUGCUGCAAAAGACUGCUGACAUAGAGUACUAAAGACACGUGCACACUCCUGAGCUCUGAUGAGCCUACCUAAUUUUACUCUUCAAUAAAAGAUACCAAGAGAAAGAAGCGUAUUUGAUAACAGAAGUAAAUUGGAAAAUUAUUUAAAAUGAAAUGCUCUAUGUGAAUCCUGAAAGUUUAAUUUUGAGUUUACUGUCCCUUUAAUAAAAAUACUUCUUGAUUAGCAAACAUUCUUUUGUUUGCCAAAUUUUACUUCGCUUUUAUCUUUUUUACCAAAAUUAUAUAUCCCCAUUUCAUGAACUGUUAAACUAAUUUUAAGUGGGUACAACUUAACGUUCAGAGUAAGUUGCUUCCGAUUUCUCUAUUGGAUUUAUUUUAUGUGCCUAUUCUCUAUUGCAUUACAUUUAUUUGAAGUUCAUAGAAAUCAGUAGAAUUUUGGUAUUGUACUACAGAGAAAUAUAUAAAUGUAGAGUUUAUGAGCAUAUGUAAAAUGUAAUUAUGCAUUUUCUCAAAGCUGCUUUAUAGCUUUUGUUAGUGCAAAUUUUCAGGUCAGCGAUGAGUGGAUACCUAUAUCAAGUAUGUCUUUUUAGCAAAAAAAUGUUUAGUUGUGUUAUUUGCUGUCUCUUUAUUUACAAUUAUUAUUAUUAUUUUUUUGGAUGGUUUCAAAUUUUCCGUUAACAUAUCUAAACUAUUGAAGGAAAGUUUAAAGAUUAUAUCAUUUGAAUGAACACCCUUAUUGUAUUGGUUUAACAUUUUGAUUUACUGCUUUAUUGUAUUGCAAAUUUAAAUACCAAGAGUGUUUUUCUUCCAAAUGCAGAGAUGAAGGUAUUUUCCUUGGUAGUUUAAAGGUAUUACUGAAAUUUAGCAGUCAUGGUAAAGUUGUAUUAACUUUUUUUUUAUUUAAAUAUAUAUAUAUUUUUUUAUUAAUCCCAACCAAGUAAAAAUGUGUCCGGCUAUAGAAUUACAAUAAUUAUAAUAAAACAGGGCAACACAUUAAUGUAACCAAAUGAUUUUACUACUUCAUGUAAUUUUAACAUUUGUUGAAUCUGAUCUUUUGUUGUUGAGAAAAAAAGAUGAUGCAUGGCACUUUGAAGACCUGUUUUCUUAGUUGAUUCUAUUAAAUAAAUUAGCUUUAAAGAUAAUAAAUAAAAAUACAUUCCACGUCAACAACUAUUUUGCAGGUUUUGUCUAAAUGGCAGAAAUCUAGUAAAUAAAUAAUUCUACCAAAAUCUAUUAACCUUCAGUUGAAGGCCAUUAAAAAUUAGAAUCCGGCAUGUCUCUUCUUCCAGUUUCAAUAAAAUGUGUUUCACAACGGAAGACUGGUCUAAAGAAAACUCUCAUUACUAUUUGCAAUUUAUAGACUUCUUAGCCUGUGUGUGCAGUCUUUUGUUAGGGAUUAUUUUGAUUGUUACAAUUAGCAAGUGAAAAAAAAGUUUUAUAAAUUAGAGGCUUUUCGUGCAUGUUUGUUGGCUUUGGUAUAUAAUGGUACAUUGCAACUACAGCUCAUGAUUAAGCAUUUGUGCCUGACACCCUCUUUCCACUUUUAUUUGUUAAUUAGGACUGUGUUGCAUGUACCCUAAGUACUGUCGAGAAUAAUGUUGUUGAGCAUUUUACAUUAUCUAUAGUAUUUAUAUACUGAGCAGCCUGACAAAUAGUACCACAUUUGCAGUUGGAAUAGGCAUUUUGUGUUUCCUGAGACAGUAUUUGUGGAACUACAUAUUGUAUCAAGCAUUUGGCACUAGCUUCUAAGAUUGUGUUACAUAGUAGACUUCACAGGGUGUUUGUGGAAGCUAAAUUUUAGCAGUAGUCAAAAUGUAAUUCAGUGAUUUGGUUCUCAGCAGAAGUGUUCACAUCAUAUUGAACCCCAAGUGCUGCCGGUAUUCAGAAGAAAGUAAUGUAUUUUUCUGCCUGUCUUCUCUCAAACAAAAGUUUUUUGUUUUUGAUUGAGAUAUAUAUAUGUCUACCCUGUUUAUUACAAUAAAAGAUAACUUACCGUUACUUAAUAACCCAUCUACAGCAUAACAUUAGUUAUGGUACAAUAUUAAUAAUUAUUUCUAAUAGCAAACUCCGUCAGGUUGUAUAGAUGCUGUUUAUUAUAUACCUAUAUUAAAUUCUAUAAAUAUAUAUAUAAGAUAACUGGCAUUUCAAUGAAAAGCAAUUUGAAUAUGUAUAAAUGUUUUAGUAGAAUUAUAUAAAUUUUAUGCAACAUUCAAACUUUUUUUAGUUGCUGGUGUUUUUUUUUAAAAGGGGUACUUAUUCUACUUCAAAGUCACAUUUCACUCUCGGUUCAUUUUCUCACCCAGCACACAGAUGAACUUUGACUGCCAUGCACGUGACUGAAAGAGUUAAAACCUUUGUGUUGUAACUCUGUAUGUAUGGGGGGAAAAUAAUCUAAUUACAGGAAGAUUCCAGUUAUAUAACCCAGUUGUGCCUCUGCAUCACUCUGCCUCUUGUGAGAACUGUGGUAACCCAGUCUUGUAUAAUUGAAUCUCAUGUAUGCAAUUACAAGUAAAGUAUUCUAUAAACUGUAUACACUUACGGCAGAGCAAGCAGUCCUUACAGAGAUGGAAAAUAAAUGAUGUUGAAAUCCAAA